CCUAGCUCUUCGUGUUGUGUAACUGAUGAAUCGCGAGCUGGAAGUUAAAACUGAAGGCUCAAACAAAAUCUACUAGACGAUGAACAACCAGCAUGCAUUGUUGGCAUGGGGCCACUAUUUCCAGUUGUAGUUGCGUUUAUCAUUGAUAGGUGGAGUGAGUCCUUGUUGUAUGGGAUACGAGAGAUUCUGAAGAGUUCCCACACGAAGAAAAUGAUGAUGUUGCCGCGCAGAAGUUGCUGGGCGUACACGUGCGUUCUGUUGGUGCUCUUCCCCCCUUGUCGCGGUAUUAGUCGCCAGCAGGAGAAGAAGGUUGUGGUGGACUGGGACGGGGAGCCGAGCGAGGUCCAACCGACGGCCCUUAUCGAAGAGAAGACAGCGAAGCAGACCGCCAUCUCAGGUAUAGCAGACAGCUAAAAUCUGAUUUAAGUACCUUAGACUAUGAAGAUUCGCGGAUGACGUUACGAAUCAAUUAAGUAGCAGUAGCAAGAAAGCGUUGCUGAGCUUGUUGAGUCGAUGUCUACGGUCCGUAAUGUAGUUGCAUAAGUCGCGACUACCGUGAGACCCACUCAUUGUAGUUGUGUCCUUUAUUCGCACGCAUAUCAAUCGAAUCAGAUGCUUUGCGGGAAGCGGUGGCAGAAUUGAAGCGGGAAGUGGCUGCUAGCCAGGAUGGGCUCCGCGUCCUGGAGCAACUGGAGUCACUGCUGGAUGAUGAGCUCAACGCGGAACUGAAGAAAGUAGUGGUGGAGAAAAUAGACAAUGCGAAAAGUUUGAACAACAUUCUGGAGGCUGCAUUGUCGAAUAUUAUCCAACUCAAUCUGAUACUUUUGUCCGGUGAUUCCAUCGCGCAGGUAGUAAUCUCGAGGCAGUCGACAAUAGCGGAUGUGAAGAAGCUAGUAGUUUCGAAGUUCAAGCUCGAAGGUAAAUCCACAAAAGAAUUUCAACUAGUUCACGGCACCAGCUUACUAUCAGAAGAGACGAAACUAUCCGUGCUCGAGGCGGAAAGCAGCGAGACUUUGGAGCUGAGUGUAGUGCUGGAUUCCUCAGGAGGUACUGAAAAGAAGUGCUUUGCUUUGGUUGACGAGAUGCUGGAACAAGCCAAAACUUCCGUUUAACAGGAAUUAUUGUAUUAGCUAUUCGUAUUCGGUACGCAGACGCUGUCGUAAAAGUUGCAGCCCUUCUUGAACAACGUCGUCACUUCAUGAAUACAAGGGCUAUACAUAGUAGCCUUUCUCAUUCUAUCCAGAAAUCUUCUCGCUCCUCACUCUUUUUAGUCACUGCUCCUCCUGAUGAAGUUUAUGGUGGGUAAGCAAAGAAGCUGCUUGAUCUCUAUUGAUCGGGUACGUGAUGGAACAAGGAAAUCUCUACCCCUCCGUCAUAUGACUGAAAAGCUCAGGUGUAACACCGUACCCCGCUCCUGAAGACAUGCAGCAACUUAUGGAGGACCGCGCGCAGGACAUUGCUGGGCACCUGCCUGCGGGAGCUCCUGACGAGGACAAGGCGCUCGCUCCCUCGAUUGUUCGGAUGGUUUGGUCACAAUUUGACGUACAGAAGGAUGCUGCGGCAAAGUCCUUCAGCCUUCGUGGCGAUCUUCCUGGGCAACUUGUUGGAGGCUAUGUCGCGAUCGUCCCAGACUGCGACGCCGAUUUUUCUCCUGUUGGUGCGGAGAGGGACAGCAAAUGGGCCACAGCAAUGGAGAAUCUUGUAGCCCUGAAGACAGAGGAGCAGCAGGGCCCAGAAAACAUGAAGUGGGUAGCGGUUCGAUACGUACCAGAUCAGCAUCCAACAAUUCCAGCAAGCGAGGGCACUUUGUUGAUGUUGGUUCUCGUCACCAAAGUGAGACCAUCGGAUGCCGAGGUUGUCAAGGUUUUGGGGGUCAUUGUCUAAUUGAUUGAGACCACGUAUCUUUAGAUCCGAGGUCUGAGGGACAUAUGUCUAAUUAAUUGAGACCAAGUAUUUUUAGAUCCGAGGUCUAAGGGACAUAUGUCUAAUUAAUUGAGACCAAGUAUUUUUAGAUCCGACUCCGAGGUCUGAGGGACAUA